CUGGAAGGAGACUCCAUGGAUCAGGACGUGGAGAGCCCCGUGGCCAUCCACCAGCCAAAGUUGCCUAAGCAAGCUAGGGACGACCUGCCAAGACACAUCAGCAGAGACCGGGCCAAAAGGAAAAUCCAGAGGUACGUGAGGAAGGACGGAAAGUGCAACGUCCAUCACGGCAAUGUGAGGGAGACCUAUCGCUACCUGACCGACAUCUUCACCACCCUGGUGGACCUGAAGUGGAGGUUCAACCUGUUGAUUUUUGUCAUGGUUUACACAGUGACGUGGCUCUUUUUUGGAAUGAUCUGGUGGCUAAUCGCUUAUAUCCGAGGAGACAUGGACCACAUAGAGGACCCCUCGUGGACUCCCUGUGUCACCAACCUCAACGGGUUCGUCUCUGCUUUUUUAUUCUCAAUAGAGACGGAAACCACCAUCGGUUAUGGCUACCGGGUCAUCACGGACAAGUGCCCAGAGGGAAUUAUUCUCCUCUUAAUCCAGUCUGUGUUGGGGUCCAUUGUCAACGCAUUCAUGGUGGGAUGCAUGUUUGUGAAAAUAUCUCAACCCAAGAAGAGGGCGGAGACCCUGGUUUUCUCCACCCACGCGGUCAUCUCCAUGCGGGAUGGGAAACUGUGCCUGAUGUUCCGGGUGGGGGACCUGAGGAAUUCCCACAUCGUGGAGGCCUCCAUCAGAGCCAAGCUGAUCAAAUCCAAACAGACCUCAGAGGGGGAGUUCAUUCCCCUGAACCAGACGGACAUCAACGUAGGGUAUUACACAGGCGAUGACCGUCUGUUUCUGGUGUCACCGCUGAUCAUCAGUCAUGAAAUUAACCAGCAGAGUCCAUUCUGGGAGAUCUCCAAAGCCCAGCUGCCCAAAGAGGAACUGGAAAUUGUGGUCAUCCUGGAAGGAAUGGUGGAAGCGACAGGGAUGACGUGCCAAGCUCGAAGCUCCUACAUCACCAGUGAGAUCCUCUGGGGUUACCGGUUCACACCCGUCCUGACACUGGAGGACGGGUUCUACGAAGUCGACUACAACAGCUUCCACGAGACCUACGAGACCAGUACCCCAUCCCUCAGUGCCAAAGAGCUGGCCGAGCUGGCCAGCAGGGCAGAGCUGCCCCUGAGUUGGUCUGUGUCCAGCAAACUCAACCAACAUGCAGAACUGGAGACUGAAGAGGAGGACAAGAAUCUGGAAGAGCAAACAGAACGGAAUGGUGACGUGGCCAACCUAGAGAAUGAAUCCAAAGUUUAGUCCCUUCAUUGGGCAAUCCCUUCUCCUCUCCCUUCACACAAUCUCUCCUUGUCUCUCAUUGUCUUUCUUUUCUGUCUCUCUCAUGAUGUUAUUUAUUUAUAUUUCAUUUUGGCA